AAANAGAUAAAAAGAUCAAAAUGGCACCAAAUUUUGGUCUGCAGCUUACAAUUCUCUUCUUCUCCAUUAACAUUCACUGCUUAUCAAGCGCCCUCAACACAAGCUUCGACAAAUGGAUAUCGUGGCACGUCGAGAAUCACUACCACAAAAAAUCACCAAAAGAUGCCCAAUCGGUCGGCCAAAAAACGAGUAAUGUCGAUUGGAGGCUACGUACAGCAGAGAUUAACAUAAUUGACAUCACCGUUAGCCAAGAUGGAAAUGGCGAUUUCAAAACCAUUAACGACGCAAUUAGCGGCAUCCCAAUACUCAACACUCGAAGGAUCUUAAUACAUAUUAAUUCGGGCAUUUAUAGGGAAAAGGUGAAUAUUCCGAGAAGCAUGCAAUUUAUAACGUUGGUCGGGAAUGCGAUUGAGCCUCCGACUAUCACUGGCAACGACACGGCUUCGACUGUGAUUGGGAAAGAUGGAAAGCAACUUAGGACGUUUCAGAGUGCCACGGUGGCCAUAGAUGCUGAUUACUUCAUGGCCAUCAACCUUAAAUUUGAGAACACGGCUCCUCACGUGGUGGGGACGGCGGGCGGGCAAGCGGUGGCGCUACGGAUAUCCGGAAGCAAGGCCGCCUUUUACAAUUGCAGUUUCUACGGCGGCCAAGACACUCUUUACGAUCACAAAGGCCUUCACUAUUUCAGUAAUUGCUUCAUACAGGGCUCUGUGGACUUUAUCUUCGGCUAUGGGACGUCGCUCUAUGAGAAUUGCUACUUGAACUCGGUAGCCAAGAAGGUGGCUUCAGUCACGGCUCAAAAGCGCACAAACUCAUCGCUUUCAAGUGGGUUUUCAUUCAAAAAUUGCACCAUAACUGGGUCGGGCUCAAUCUACCUUGGCCGGGCAUGGGCCGAUUAUUCGAGGGUUGUUUUCUCCUACACUUUCUUGGACAAAAUCGUCAUUCCAGAAGGAUGGAGCGAUUGGGGCGAUAAAAGUCGCGACCAGAAAGUGUAUUAUGGAGAGUACAAAUGCAGCGGGGCAGGUUCUAACCUCACCGGACGAGUUGCCUGGGCAAGAGCACUCACCGAUGAGGAGGCCAAGCCGUUCAUUGGCACAUAUUUCGUCCAAGGGGACACGUGGCUUAUUCACCCGUCAGCUUAUCAGAUUUAAUUAAUUUGUUUUAAUCACUUGUUAGUACAAAAUAAUACAUAGCCAUACAUAUUGUAUGUGUGCGAAUUUAAAUGUCCCAUGACAUCUGUAUAAAGAUGGGUGACCUUUAUAUUAU